AUGGCAAAGGCUGGAUUUGCUUUGGUGUUUGGUCUUGGCAUUCUUUUCUGUGUCUCCAUCUAUUGUUACUAUUCUGCCCAGGAAAAGUGUACAAAGGAUAAUGGUCACGAGGACGUGGAGGUCGGCAAGUGUCUGCACACCGCCGGUGUUGACUCGCACAACACAGUAGACAUUUUUGGCCGAGAGUCAUUUCAUCCUUUAACCCCCAGCGUUCACAUAAAUGGGCCGAUUCCUAGCAAUCAAAUUCCUCAGGAUCGUUUCUUGAUGGUCUCGGGCCGUAACUGCUGCAGCGAACUGACCAUCAGCUUUCAUCACAUGUCUCCAGAACUCAUUCGGAUAUUUGACUUUCUUCUUUACCGAGUCAGCGUCUUCGGUCGAGUGCCGGACCUUGCCUUCCUGGAAAAACUUUAUGAAGCCAAAACAAUCCCACCUUUGGUAUGAGAGGAAAUGUAGUUUGUUAGUGUGUGUGUGUGUGUGUGCAUAUCAUGAAUAGCAUGUGUGUAUGUUUGUGUGAAAAAAGUGUUUGUGUGUGCGUGGGAGCGCAUGCACUUGUAUAUCUGUGUCAAUGGGUGAGUGGAGUGGCUACAGGUGUUGCAGUGACACUACGCCCAUCAGUAAACGGUUGGCCGUUACGUGACUCGACGUUGUGGUGCAUCUCCAUGUUUGUGGGACUUCUCUCCAUUUUCUCCACUCCAAGAGUAUCUUCACUGUCAUGUUUGGAUUUUUGACGCUGGGAAACUGCGUCUACCCGUUGUGUCCCUGUUCUCAGCUUGUGCCCCAUGUGAUUGUCAAAGUGUAGACGAUUGAAUCUCCCACUGUUUGACUGUAUGGCACCUUACACGCUUCGACAGGACAAAUACAGUGUAUCUUCCUUCAGGAUGUACCUUGCGAGAGAUUUGUGUCAUCGCAGUCUAACCUACAGGGGAGACUUUGUUAACAGAUACAAAAUUUACUGUCAAUCACCUUUUCCAGCUAAAAUUUUUUUUGAGAUAGAUAAAAAAAAAUUACUGCCAGAGAGCACAUUCAUUUUCCCCUAGUACUGCGUUAUCUUAGCUUAUAAUUGCCGUUAUGUAGAUCGGACAAAAUAAUAAUAUAAUAAAAGGAUGACGAGUAUUACUAUUUAAAUAACGCAUUUCCCAAAAAGGAAAUUAAAUCCAUGUCUCUUGGCGGUUGAAUGAGCAUUUAGAGAAAAACAUUUUUUUUAAAGUGUGUGCCAAGAAAUGGGAAGAUUUUUUCUAUCCGAUCAUUUUGUUUAUAAGGGGACACAAUCUGAGAAAUAUGUUGUGCAAUAUUAUUUGAGAGAUUUAAUAUAUUGAGUUUACUUUGUGAUUGUUUUACAGGUGUAAAAUGAGUAUUUUAUGUUUAGCAGAAUAACUUUAUUUUUCUUAGCCAUCAGAACAAAUUCUUUAUGUUUUUGGUUUUUAUAACCACUUAAAUACUGAAGACCAGCAACAAAACUUCAAAAAAUCCAUUAUGAAGUUAAUCAAAGAAGACAAAAAUCGUUUUUAAAAUUACUGCAUCAGUUUCACUACAAACCAGAUUAUGUGAAGUUUUUGAGCCUGUGCUCCCUGUGAUCUGAUUGAUGUCUUUGCAAGAAAGCUUGUUCUUAAAAUGUGAUGAUCGAAAAUCCAAAAAAUUCCAGACAAACGACAAUUUUUUUUUUCUUUUAUAGCUAGACUUUCUAGUAACAGAAGCAGUUGACGAGCUUUAGAAAUUGUCCACAUACAAAGGUGCUCGCAGUCUCGCUUGGUCUUCAUAUAACAGAUGUUUGUAUACGGGUGGGCAUGAUACCCACAGGAUUCUCUUAUCAAUUAAAAACUACAAGCACUUUUUCAUGUCUGAUGCUAAAACUUAACAUUCAUAUCUUUGAAACUUUGUAAAUAUGGGAAAUUUAUUUUAAUAGCACUUUCUAGUGAGGUGUAGAUUGACAUUCAAGUCAGAAUGUUAAAUCUUUUUUUUGAUGCAUUUCUCCGAUGAAUGUAUUUUUUAGAACAUUUUUAAUUCAUUAUGUUCUUUGCUUUUUGCCUUUUUAACAUAUUGUCUAUCUUUUUGUCUGAAUGACGAGUUUACCAGUAUAUACAUUAGUGCAUCUGUCGUUGGAAGGCAGUGCGCAGAUCGGUGGGUUUUACCGUAAUGUACCAUGGAAAUAUGUUAAAGAAUAAAGUUUAAGCUUUAAUGUUGGCCAAAUACACAGUGAGGACUCUUCUGGUGAUGUUGUUUUCACUUACCCAGGUAUCCACAGGGUUUACUACAUUUGUGUAGUUAUAUGUGUAUGUGUUAAAUUGCAUCUGAUAGUGAAUACAAACCUGGAACCAAA